UUAAAAAUUUAUUCAACUGGUUUACCAUGUUCAUGUUUUAAUUUAACAUGUGGAUGUUGUGCUGGUAUGAAAAUUGAUUUUAUUAAAUUAAAUAGUACCAUGUGUACAAACAUGACAGUUGUACCAGAAGAAUUUGCUCUUGAUUUUCAUUUGUUAAUGGAUGAAAGAGUUAUGAUUCGUAAUCGUUUAACAGCAAGAAAUCCACCACCAUUUUGUUUACCACUAUAUUUUUUUCCAAUAAUAACAUUUUGUGUUAGACUAUAUGAUAUAGUUGUGUUAAAUUCAGUAUUAAAUAUCUGCAUUGAUUUCGAAACGAGAAUUGCUGGAUGGCCAAUACUUGUACUACAUUUCGAUUGUAUAAGAAUUGGACAGGGUGAAUUAUUUUUAUCAAAACCAUUUACAAAUACAACUGGCUAUCAAAUACCACUUCAAAUACAAUUUUCAAAAGAACCAUAUGAUCAUGUUAAUUUUGAAAAUGAUUAUAAUAUAACUUAUGAUACUGGUUUAACAAUUGAACAAGAAAAUCAAAUUGGUACAUUAAAAAUUGACUGAUCUACGAAUAAAAAUUAAAUUAUUUAAUUAUUAUUUGUUAUUAAGGUAGCUAAAUAAAUAGAUAAAUAAAUAAAUAAAUUGGAAAGUCAUAAAAAAAGAAAAUAAAAUUUAAAAAAAAAAAAAGAUAUAUUUAUGCGACAAGUGGAAGUAAACCUGAAUUUCACUUGAUAAACUGGGUCAAUCGUUUUUAAAAAUUCAGUUGUAUUUAAAAUCUUGACUAAGAAGGUUCAAAACAUCUUUGAAUAAUUUAUAAAUAAUAAAAAUAUCACUUUCAAAUAUUUAAAAAAAAAUAAAUCUAGUCAUGAAGAUAAAUAAAUUUUUAUUAUUAACAAUAAUU